AUGAAGUCCCAUCCCCAAUCCCCAGAAGGGGACAUCGAAAAGAAACUCUCGCACGACCCAAACACUCCUCCCACCGACCAUGCACCACUACCCUUCUCGGCCAUCCACGAAAUCUUCUUCAUCUUCAUCAUCUGCUUGUCACAAUUCCUCGCUCUCGCCGGUCUGGCUCAAUCAAUAGCACCUCUACACAUAAUCGGUGACAGCUUUGGUAUCAGCAACCCAGGAGAACUGUCUUGGUACCCUGCUGCCUUCUCUUUGACAGUUGGAACCUUUAUCUUACCAGCAGGAAGACUGGGAGAUAUGUAUGGACACAAGAAACUCUACAUUAUCGGUUUGGGCUGGUAUGCACUGUGGAGCAUGGUAGCUGGUUUGUCUGUUUACUCAGGCGACAUUCUGUUCUCUGUCGCUCGUGUAUUUCAAGGUAUAGGCCCUGCGAUUAUGGUGCCUAAUGCUCUUGCUAUUGUGGGAAGGACAUAUCCGCCGUGUGACAAGAAGAAUCUCAUCUUUGCUUUGUUUGGAGCUGCCGCACCUACGGGCUGGGUGGUUGGUGCUGUGUUCUCGUCCAUCUUUGCUCAAUUGGCUUGGUGGCCUUGGGCUUUCUGGGCACUGGCCAUUGCUUGUGUCGUUGCAGCUAUUGCCGCCCAAUUCAUCAUUCCCACCGACGAACUCGACCAUGAUGGUGCUGUCAAGUUCGAUUUUCUUGGUUGUGUUACAGGAGUCACAGGAUUGGUUCUCUUCAACUUUGCUUGGAAUCAGGCUGCUGUGGUGGGAUGGGCUACCGUCUACAACUACGUUUUGUUGAUUGUUGGAAUCUUGUUCCUUGUAGUUUUCGUCUGGGUGGAGAUGAAGGUGGCUGAUCAACCACUUGUGCCACUGAAAGCUUUGAGAAAAGAAUCUAUUCUCGCUCUUGCUGUCAUCGCAGCUGGAUGGGGCUCUUUCGGCGUCUGGGUCUACUACCUCUGGAACUUCAUCGAAGUAGUCAGAAACUACUCCGCCCUCGCUGCCUGCGCCCAAAACGCUCCCGUCGCUGUAUCCGGCCUCCUCGCCUCCGUGGCAACAGGAAUCCUCCUCUCCAAAACCAAAGUCAGCAAUGUGCUCCUAAUCGCCACCCUCUGUUUCCUCAUCGGCCAAAUCCUCAUCGCCACCGCACCAGUGCAACAAACCUACUGGGCACAAACCUUUGUUUCUAUAAUCAUCAUGCCUUGGGGAAUGGACAUGAGUUUUCCUAGCGGCACAAUUAUCUUGAGCAAUACGACGGCUAAAGAACAUCAAGGUGUAGCUGCGAGUUUGGUGAAUACGGUUGUGAAUUAUAGUAUUUCCAUUGCGUUGGGAAUAGCAGGAACGGUGGAUAGAAAUGUUAAUCAAGGUGGGAAGAAUGUUUUGAAGGGGUAUAGGGGUGCGUGGUAUUUUGGGAUUGGACUUGAUGGAGUGGCUGUUCUUAUUGCCUUAUACUUUGUAUGGAGGAUGAGGGGUUGA